CACACAAAUCACCAUCCAUCCUGCCUUCGCGCCACGCCGAAUGUCGGCCAGACAACUCUGUAGUCUUUUCCACCAAAGGCUUGUUGGCGUCGGUAUCGCGAGUGCGAGUGACUCACGCAAUUAGGGGAGUGUCGAAUGUAGAAAGCGCGUCGGGGCAACCAUGUCGCACGAUGCGCACAGUCUCGACAUUCCCGCCCUGGAUCCAAGUCAACCUCGGUCCAUCUCUAUACAGGCGAGAGCAAGCGCGAAUACGUUCGCUGGCUCGUCGCAUGUACUUGACCGGACACCUUCAGGCCUGAGCGGUCUACCUCAGCUGCUCGCGAUCUCGAGUCUGGCCCAGCCUAAAGGCGCGUUCAAUCCAGAAGAGCUUUCCGAUGUGUUUCAUCUGCCUUUGCCUGGGGAUGGCAGCACGCAGCGGCGUCUUACAGAUUAUGCGCCUACACCUCCACUGACUCCACCAGAGGAAGGAAGAUCACCUCCGCGCAUCUGGAGCUGGGACUCGGACGAGCGACUUGUCGAGCCUUUUCUCAGCGAUCGCAUGGUCAACGAGCGAGAUGCCUCAACGGCAGAGGCUCUCGCACUAGUGCUCGCAAAGUAUGACCACGCCGGACCAUCUUCCAGCAGCGAUGCGUCUUUCGCUCCGGCACAUUCACAAGAAAGUGUCAGGGAAUCGCUAGAGCUGGCUCUUGCUUCGCAUGCCUCGACUCACUUUGCCUGGGAUGCAGACAAAGCAAGAUUCGUCUGGCGACUAACACACGAUCGAAGGGUACGCGCCUCAGCUGCGAAUGGCAAGGGCAAGUCGCGAAGCGUGGAUGGCAUCACUGAGUGGAUCGGCGAGGAGCGCAUCCACGGAUACACGGCUUCAACUUCUAAAGCUAUUGCAGCCCCCUUUCUAGAGAUUGGUGCACUGCGGCGCAGAAUUGAGCUUCGCUUGGAGGAAUUGAGCGUCAGCACGGAUGUGCCGAUUCCAGAAGUGUUUGCGCUUGCUGCUGCAAUCCGGCAGGUGGUUGAAUGGCUGGGAAACGAACUCGAAGGGAGGAUCAAGGAGAACGAUAUCUCGAUGGAGAGCUCGCGCUUGGACGUACCUCGCCGUAUAUUGGCAUCCCUUUCGAUGGCGUUGGCCUGCGAUGUUGUCCGCAAGCCGCCCUUUCCCUCGUUCGGCGUCUGGUGCAACGUACAAGACAUUCAAUCACAGCCCUCGCAGCUUGCGGCAAAUUUACUGGGAAGAUUGUAUGCAGAAGCCGAAGCUCAACUGACUGCUGGUGAUGCUCUCAGCGCCGCUGCUUUGGCAUUUGUCUUGGAACAAGUGAGCAAGACGUGGAGGGCAGACGUGGCAGCUUGGAUCGGUUGGCCGGGUUCGUCGGCUCGAGAGGAGAUGUACCUGGGAAGCGACGGGGUUUUCGAGCCAUGGACAGGAGCGGAAAUCAGGUGGAGUAGGGAUACAAGGGGAGAACUCGAUGUCGGAUACGAGCUCCGACUUCGUCGAGUUCCUUACUUUCUUCCUGCCGCUUGUGCCAGAGAUUUGCUGGAAGGUGGCAGAGCAUUACGUCUUCUUCGCAAAGCUGCACCAUCAGGACACCCUUUGCUAUCCUAUAUGCAGACCGCCUCUAAGCAUACCCUGCCAGCUCCAAGCUGGCUCUGGUCCAAAGCUGAUUAUGAUCGACACCAGGACCGACUACUGUCCGAGAUUGCACACCUCAAACGCAGCAUAGCUCAUUGGCGGCAUGGUCGAAUAAGGCACGCCUCCCCGUCCCGGCCCUCAAGCCCGGCCACUAUUCCAACCAACGAUGUGGCUGGUCUGGCGGAACACGCAGCCCUCCAAGAAGCUCCAAAAGCAGGGCGUGAUGUAGCCUGGUCCGCGACUCAUGCAUCGCUCGAACGAGCUCUGAAGCUCUUCGAUCAGACGCCAGGCUCUUCUCUGCCGAGCCUGAAAUCAGAUGAUGUACAUCUACCGCCGGCACUAGCAGGCGACGAGGACGUCAGCACAGGCAACCCUGUCGCGGAGACUUCUUCGCUCCUUACACACCUGGGGCAUGCCGCUCAGGCGUCGGAUGGACAGCGCAACGACUUUGCCCUAUCUGUCUCUAUCGUCAUAUACGACAGCUACAUUUCCCCAAUGCUCGAAUGGUCCCGACUUCUCAACUCUGCUCUGCUAAGCUGCUACUUCCGCGAUUUUGGCUUGACGACUUACCUCGAGACAUGCCGGCAAUUCCUUUUGCUUGGUGACGCAAGCUUUCUCAGUCGUGUGUCGAUGGUGCUUUUUGAGCAGGGUGAUGAGUCUGGAACGUUGGAAGAGGGCUGGUCUCCGGGCUUGGGCAGAAUCCUCAAUGUCGACGAAGCGUGGCCUCCCGGCAGACCCGAGAUCCGAUCAAAGCUCAACGCUAGCGUGGUCGAAUCCCUCGCUGACCUCAGAAGACCUCACGAGGAAAGGGGAGAAAGCAGUGCCGAAGCUCGGGCUCUCAGCGAUCUCGAUGCGAGAUUGUCCUUCGCUUUCGUCCAACCCGAUGACCUGCUGAAGGGCAAGAGAAAUAAGCGUAGCUGGCAGGACAAGCACUCAAUCGAUGGACUUGAUUGGUUGACUUUGAGCUUUGAGCCACCUCCUUUGAUUGCCCCUCUGCUCCACGUCAAUAUCAGCACCAGAUAUCAACGUCUCUUCAACCAGCUCUUGAAGUUCGUUCGGACACAAGCCGUCCUGAGAGCCCUCUUCGAAGAAACUGUGAAAGGAAAGCGGCCAGAAUCAGCCUAUCGCAAUCGCAAAGAUGCGAAUCGCGCACGCAAUCCCAAAACGACUCCGACAAGACUGCCUUUCGACUAUGAUCAGCCUUCACGUGAAAUUUGCUUGCGCUUCAGACGCGAGGUGCAUCAUAUCACAACCGUUUUAUUCGCCUUUACGACCUCGGCCAUUGACGAGUCUUGGACAAGAUUUAAGGCUCGACUUCGCGAAUUGCACGAUGAAGCUGAAGCUCGCGACGGGCUUUCGAGCGGCUUCAAGGACAUUGCGAUGCUUGAGAAUGAUGACGACGAAGCAUCUGGCGCGCCACCUGGGUCAUCCAGAUCACAACCGGCUUUGGAGAUCAAGGAUGUGUUCAGUCUGGCGCUGUACCACGAGACCACGCUUGAGCGACUGUUGCAAACGUGCUUCUUGCGCGCGCGGCAAGCAGAUCUGCGCGUGUACAUCGACAGCAUCCUCAACAGUGCUCUUGGCCUUCUGACGCUCUGUCGCGAAGACCUUCGGUCGACGCAGUCGGACGCAACAGCUCCAGCUCGGAUGGAGCGCCUGCGAGGCUCGUAUGCCAAGUUCACCUCGCGCGUACGCGGAUUCGUGCGAACCUUGCAUGCCAUUCGAGAGCGCGACUCUGCAGGCGCGAGCAGAGUCGCCGGAGCGGCCAGCGCAACGUUGAAGGCAAACGCCAAGCAAACCAUGUCGAGAAAGGCUCGCGAAGAACGUCGGCUGAUGAAAAUGACGGAGGAAGACUUGAAGAUUUUGGAAGGUCAAAAUGCACACAUCGAGGCCAACGUGGACAGCGUUAAUGAACUGAUUGCCCGCCUUGACUUUGCGGGAUACUUUUAGAGUCAAUGGCAUUCUCUGUAAACUUCAGCCCUCAUUGCAUUGCAAGAC